UGCCAGCCUGCUGCCGCCGGGGGAAGCCCUGCGCCGGGCUGGCCGGGAGCCAGGCCGCAGCCGCAGGAGGCUCCUCCGUGCCCGGCCCCCACUGUGCGUGCGGGGAGCGCGCCUGACCCAGCCAUUGUUUCCUAUCUCCGCACCGGCGUCAGUGGAAAAUCUCCCCACCUGCCGCGCCUGGGUCGGGCUAUUUAUCCGGCAGCGCUGCCGUCACGGAGAGCGGCGCUGCUGACGGGGGAGCUGACGCUCUUGUCCGCUACCGCUGGGCUUGUGGCGGUGACAGUGGGGCUCUGGGUGGCGCUGGGAACGGGGCGCGGAGGAGCGAGCGCCCCGCCGCAGCCCCCGCUUUGGCCUCCUCCUGGCCCCGGCUGCGGCAAGUGGGGGCCGGGCGCUGCUGCUAGCGCCGCCCCCGGGACGCGCCUGGCCGUGUCCUGCCUCCCCUCCUCUGGCGGCGCCCGGGCUGAGCCUGGGGAGCGCGGCCGGGGCACGGCGCGGAUGGGAGGGACGCGCGGCGGACAGCGCAGGCAAGAGAGGAGCCAGAGAGCGUACUGGGCAGUCUGGAGUCCUCACUGAUUUUCUAAAAUCUUGGAAACUUUGCCUCCAUUGAAUUCCGACACUGUCCACCUUUAAUUCCCUCGAAAACGCCUGUAACUCGGCUGAAGCCAUGCCCUGUGUUCAGGCUCAGUAUGGGUCAUCGCCUCAAGGAGCCAGCCCAGCUUCCCAGAGCUACAGUUACCACUCUUCAGGAGAAUACAGCUCCGAUUUCUUAACUCCAGAGUUUGUCAAGUUUAGCAUGGACCUCACCAACACUGAAAUCACUGCCACCACUUCUCUCCCCAGCUUCAGUACCUUUAUGGACAACUACAGCACAAGCUACGACGUGAAGCCACCUUGCUUGUACCAAAUGCCCCUGUCCGGACAGCAGUCCUCUAUUAAAGUGGAAGACAUUCAGAUGCACAGCUACCAGCAACACAAUCACCUCCCCCCCCAGUCGGAGGAGAUGAUGCCUCAUUCAGGCUCCGUUUACUACAAGCCUUCGUCGCCCCCGACUCCCACCACCCCCGGCUUCCAGGUGCAGCACAGCCCCAUGUGGGACGACCCUGGCUCCCUCCACAACUUCCACCAGAAUUACGUGGCCACCACCCACAUGAUCGAGCAGAGGAAAACGCCAGUGUCCAGGCUCUCCUUAUUCUCAUUUAAGCAAUCACCCCCAGGAACCCCAGUGUCCAGCUGCCAGAUGCGAUUUGACGGGCCCCUCCACGUGCCCAUGAACCCCGAGCCAUCCGGGGCCCACCAUGUAGUCGAUGGCCAGACAUUUGCAGUGCCCAAUCCCAUCCGCAAACAGGCAUCCAUGGGCUUCCCAGGGCUACAGAUUGGCCAUGCUUCCCAGCUGCUGGACACCCAGGUGCCAUCCCCUCCCUCCCGGGGAUCUCCAUCCAACGAGGGCCUCUGUGCAGUGUGCGGGGACAACGCGGCCUGCCAGCACUACGGAGUGCGCACCUGUGAGGGCUGCAAAGGGUUCUUCAAGCGCACUGUCCAGAAAAACGCAAAAUACGUGUGUUUAGCAAAUAAAAACUGCCCAGUUGACAAACGCCGCAGAAAUCGCUGUCAGUAUUGUCGGUUUCAAAAGUGCCUUGCAGUUGGCAUGGUCAAAGAAGUGGUACGCACAGACAGUUUAAAAGGCCGAAGGGGUCGCUUACCAUCCAAACCGAAGAGCCCCCAGGAGCCCUCUCCCCCCUCUCCCCCGGUGAGUCUGAUCAGUGCCCUGGUGAGAGCCCAUGUCGACUCCAACCCGGCUAUGAGCAGCCUGGACUAUUCCAGGUUCCAGGCUAACCCUGACUACCAGAUGAGUGGAGAUGACACUCAGCAUAUCCAGCAGUUUUAUGAUCUCUUGACCGGCUCCAUGGAGAUCAUCCGAGGAUGGGCAGAAAAAAUCCCUGGUUUCACUGACCUUUCUAAACCAGACCAGGACCUCCUCUUCGAAUCCGCUUUCUUGGAACUGUUUGUGCUGCGGCUAGCAUACAGGUCCAGCCCAGUGGAGGGCAAGCUUAUCUUUUGCAAUGGGGUGGUCCUGCACAGGUUGCAAUGUGUCCGUGGCUUUGGAGAAUGGAUUGAUUCCAUUGUUGAAUUCUCCUCCAACUUGCAAAAUAUGAACAUCGACAUAUCUGCCUUCUCAUGCAUCGCUGCCCUGGCUAUGGUAACAGAGAGGCACGGGCUAAAGGAACCCAAGAGGGUGGAAGAACUUCAGAACAAGAUUGUAAAUUGUCUCAAAGACCAUGUGACUUUCAAUAACGGAGGUUUGAAUCGCCCCAAUUAUUUGUCCAAACUCUUGGGGAAGCUCCCUGAACUUCGCACCCUUUGCACACAGGGGCUGCAACGCAUUUUCUACCUGAAACUAGAAGAUUUGGUGCCACCUCCAGCAAUAAUCGACAAACUUUUUCUGGACACUUUACCUUUUUAAGACUCUUCCCAUGCACUUAAAGUGAACUUUAAAGAAAAUAAACUCGACCUGUCUGAAGGGGAAUUCACCUGUGCGCAAAGCAGCACCUUUGGGUGCCAGAUUCCCAUCCCCAAAACUGUUGCUAACCUCUUGAAGGCAGAACGUGAAUGGGCAUUUUGGCUCUGGGGCAUCAAGGAUUCAGAUGAUGGACAACUUAAAUACCAUGGUAUAAGCUUUUUAUUAUCGGCUCAAAAUAUUAAGAAGGACUUCUGAUUAAAAAGACGAUCAUAUUUGGCAACGCCGGGCUAAGACUCAUAUGAUGACAAAGUAUUAAGGUGACCGACAAGUCUCACCCUCUUAAAGACUAAAGUUUUCUGAUGUAAAAGAAAGCUGUAAUAUAUACUAAAAACUAAAUGUUGCGUGGGUGGCAUGAAAUUAAAGAAGGCAAAGACUUGUAAAUUUAUCAAAUGCAGUUUGGCUUUUUAAAUUAUUCUGUGCCUAUUUAUGAAUAAAUAUUAAAACCAAUUCUAAAAGAAAGAACAUAGAUGUGUUUGCAAAUAAAGAGAAUUAAGUAACUCAAUGAAAUGGGAAAGCAUGAUGAUUCUAGGAUGAUAAUGUUAUAGGCACUUGCUAUUUCAGUAAUGUCUAUAUUCUAUAAAUAGUAUUUCAGACACUAUGUAGUCUGUUAGAUUUUAUAAAGAUUGGUAGUUAUCUAAGCUUCAAACAUUUUCUCAAUUGUAAAAUAGGUGGGCACAAGUAUUACAAAACCGAAAUCUUGGACAAAGGGGCACAUAGUGUUUGUAAACACCGUCCAACAUUCCUUGUUUGUAAGUGUUGUAUGUACUGUUGAUGUUGAUUAAAAAAAGUUUAUAUCUUGAUUAUUUUGUUGUCUAAAGCUAAACAAAUCUUGCAUGCAGCAGCUUUUGACUGUUUCCAGAGUGCUUAUAGUAUAUAUAACUCCCUGGAAAUUACUGAGCACUUUGAAUUUUUUGUUUUGUUUUUUAUGUCUAAAAUUGUCGAUUAAUAUAUUAUUUUAUGUUUGAGUAAUAUUUUUAAUAUUGCCAUAUUCUGUAGUAUUUUUCUUUGUAUAUUUCCAGUAUGGCACAUUAUACAAGUCACUGCCUUUUUUUCUAUGGUGUAUGACAGUUAGAGACGCUGAAUUUUUUUUCUUGAUAAACUCUUUCUUUGAGGAAAGACAAUUUUAAUGUUUACAAAAAUAAAACCAUGUAAACGAAUAGAAUUUCGUCUUCUUUCUGUCUAAGCGAGAAGUACCAAUACCAAAAUCCAUUGCAGAUAAAGAAAAUUGACUGUGACGAUAUAGUAAUAAAAAGUG